AGGGCCUAUGAGAACAACAUAACGCCGGCCUCCCAUUCGCGGCCGUAUUUGAUCUUAUUUUACGGCGACCUGUGCUUCGCGUGCCUUCAGAUGGAGACCUAUUGGCAGAAGAUUGUGACCGAUUUGGAGCCAUUAGGGGUGGGCUUCGCGACCAUUCACUCGCAACACGAGAGCAAAUUGGCCCGAAAGCUGUCCGUUCAGACACUGCCGUACAUCAUAUCCCUCGUGGACGGCGAGACCCGCGCCUACAGGGAAUCGACGAUCAAUUUACCCAAUAUUGUGGAAUUCAUACGCAAAUCGCUGCCCAAAGAUCUGGUGCAAGAGGUGAACGACAAUAACUACUACCAGUUUCUGAACGGCUGGCACGACAACAGAGUGCGCACACUCUUCAUCACCGAAGAGUCCAAUAUUAGGCUCCGGUACCAAUUGGUGGCCUUUGAGUUCAGAGAGCGCAUAGCCUUCGCUCACGUGACCGCUGACGACAGCUCGCGGCAGAUACUGAGCCGCUAUAGAGUGGACCCGAAGAUGAAUUCGAUGCUUAUAUUCAACGAAGACAUCACUAGAACGACGGCCACUCUAUCGGUGUUUGAGUUGAAGCCGCAGCUCAUGCGCGACGUCCUCGAGUCCAAUAAGUUUCUACUUUUGCCACGACUUGCGUCUCAGGCGAUGUUCGACCAGUUGUGUCCGACAGAGAGCGUGCGCUCCCGGCGCCGCUUAUGCGUGGUUUUGGUGACCAAUAAUAUACCGGAACACGAGUCCAAACGGGAAGCGAUGCGCGAAUAUAUGCGCGAAAAUAAUUACCCGAAAGAGAGGUUUCGGUUCAUGUAUUUGUUUGAAGAGAAACAGCCGGAGUUUGUCAAAGCGCUCACCAGUGGCUCCAAUGCGCCCCUAACCAGCCCUACCCUACAAGUGGUGGUCUUAUGGCGCCGGCAAUCCGAUAGAGUGUUCUACGAAUGGCUGCCCAAUGGUUGGGAUGUCAAUGACAGCCAACACGAGAACGAAACCAAAAGAAAUUUAAAUAAUUUGUUAACAAAAUUGGUUCAAAACACUGAAGAGUUUACAAACGAUGCCAAAGUAGUGGCACUCAUUGAUGAGUCCGUUCACGGAUUGUUUGGCAAAAUUGUCAAAAAGAUUCUCAUUAUUACUGAUAAUAUCAGUGAUAACAUCACCAGGAAAGAGGUCUUACCCGCGAUAUCUAUAGUACUGUCCGUCAGUUUUAUCGUAUUUAUCGGCUAUAUUAUGGCUUAUUUAGUACGUAUAGAAGAGGAGACUAUUAAAGAGAAAUAUAAACGACUGGGAAAACAGAUGCCCGGAGUCUCUAAACCUAAAAAUGAUUGUAAACUAAAUAUUCACGAAUUACGGGGCGAAACAUACAAUGGUUUGGUUAGACUAUUAAAGCCCGGCUGUCGGACAAUAGUAUUACUGAUGGACACGCCAUCCAAAGCUAAACUAUUGCCACAAUUCUAUAGAGCACUCUAUCCUUAUAGAAGAAAUAAGACACUUAUGUUUGCCUACUUAUUCGUGGAGAAAAACCUCGAUUGGUAUCGAAAACUACUGAUGCAAACACUGGGAGAGCACAAGGAGUUACAGAUUAACCCCAAGAACUGUAUCGGAACUGUUAUAUCAUUGAACGGCUUUAGGAAAUACUUCUGUGUAUAUCACGCCAAACACCCGGAGAAACGAAAGCCACGCGAAGGCACUUCCAGCGCAUUCAUGGGCUUCGAUGACGACUCCGACAACUCGGACACAGACAUCGAGUGCGGGAACCCAUCGCUAAUACAUCGACAGACGGGUGAUAUCGACGACGAGAUUGUCUUUGAGGCGCACCUGUUGGACGGACUGUCCAAUUGGUUGGACAGACUGUUUGAGGGCUCCACUCAACGCUAUCAUAUCCAGUAUUGGCCCGAACACAUGAAAUAGUGGUCAUUACGAGUAAUGGUGAUCGUGUCUUGUGGUCAGCAAAUGUUUAGUCAAUCAUUGGAUCAAUUGUUUGUCGACAUCGAAACAACGUUUACUUAAUAUACUUGUAUUUCUUAUAUUAUGUAAUAAUUGACAAAUACUAGCGACUAUUUAUUAUUAUAAUUGAAUUAUUUAUUGAGAUUUGAGGCAC